AUUUUUGGAAGUACGUUUUAGUCUGGAAGCUUUGUUGAAACCUGUUCAGCAUCAUAGCAAUAUGCAAGCCUCCACUGACAGACAACUGCUGACAGACAGGUGGUGGCUGCACAUGAGGUGCGUCGGCCAGGAAUCGUACCUGGGUCUUCUGGAUGGAAAGCAAGAAUUCUACCACCGAACCACCAAUGCCCCCUUCUCUCUACGUUAGUGCCAGUCCCAGUUGCUGUCAAGUUGAUUCCAACUCACGGCGAGUACAACUGCAUUCCAUGGGGUUUUCAAUGGCGGAUUUUUUGGAAGUGGAAAUGCCUUUCUUCCGAGGUGCCUCUGGGUGGGCUCAAGCCUUCAACCCUUCAAUUAGCAGCCUACCAUGUUAACUAUUUGCCCAACCCAGGGGAUCCUUUCCUACGCUGUUACUGUUAGUUGCCUUCCAGUCAAUUCUGACUCAAUAGCGACCCCAUGUGCUACAGAGCAGAACUGCCCCAUAGGGUUUCUUAGCUGAGACCUUUAUGGAUGCAGAUGGCCAAGUCUUUCGCCCCUGAAGUCCCGGGAUGGGUUUGAACUGUCAAGCUCUCGAUUAGCAGCCUAGUAUGUUAACUGUUUACACCACCCAGGUACUCUUCCUACAUUACCACUUGCCAGUAAUUCUAGAGGUCUCAUGCACUGCUAACAAGCCCUCGUGGCACAGUGGUUAAAUGCUUCAGCGCUAACCGAAAGGUCGAUGGUUCGAACUGACCAGCUCUGCUCUGAGGGAGAAAGGUGUGACAGUCUGUUUCCGUAAAGAUUACAGCCUUAGAAACCCUGUGGGGCAGUUCUACUCUGUCCUAUAGGGUGGGCAGUCUUGAGCGCUCCAGGCAGCUUCCUCGAAGCACUUCUCACUAGAUUUGGGGUUAACAGGUAGACUCCCAGCCCCACCCUCUGAGGGGAGUGUUGGGACUUAGCACUACAUCAGCUCUUCCCAAAUGAAUCACAUUGCAAACCUUCCCUUUCGGAACCCACCCUCAACCUCUUUAUACUCUUGAAGUAGAGAAGGGAUUUCAAAAGUGGCAAAUGGGUUCUGUAAAAUUUUGGCAUCUUGCCCAGCAUCAACUCACUUUGGAAUUUCCUAUCUGUGUCAACUUGGCUAGGCUGUGGUGCCCCAUUGUUUGGUCAAACACUAGUUUAGAUGCAGCUAGGAAAUAUUUGCAUGUGAUUAACAUUUAAAUCAGGUGGCUAUAAUAAAGCAGAUUUCUCUCCAUAAUGUGGGUGGACCUCAUCCAAUUAGUUGAAGGUCCUAAGACCCAGAGGUUUCCUGAGGGAGGAUUCUGCCUCCAGGCUAUAAAUAGACAUUCUGCCAGAAUUCCUCUCUCCUCCACCACCUGACCUACCAAUCUGGGACACAAGGCUGCUGGAAUUUCCAGUCCAUCACCUGACCUACACAUUUUGGAUUUGCCAGUCCCCACAAUCACGCAAGCCAAUUCCUCAAAAUAAGUCAGUCUUUCUCUACAGACAGAUAUAGAUUUGCCAUUUUAACCAUUUUUAAAUGAAUUAUUUUAACCAUUUUUCCAUAAAAUCAUUGCCAUCAAGUCCAUUCUGACUCACAGUGACUCUGCAGAACAGACCAGAACUGCCCUAUGGUGAAAUGAGUUCCUUUAUAUAGCCUUUUGCUUUGGUUCUUUGGAAAAACAGCUUGAGAGGGUUUUCCCCAAACCCUGAGGAGUUACUUUUGCCCUAGUUUUCUACUCCAGAGGAUUUGUUAUGUUUGUCUAGGUUGGUUGACAUUUCCUGGGCAAGCUGUGAACAACUUGAUUUGAUACUUUUUGUCUGGUCCUGGGCUACAGCCUGCCCUGUGAUGGCUGUGUACCUUGCAGGGAUUGGUCAGUAGACUACACAAACGAGAGGAGUUGUACCCCAGCCUCACGUACUAUGCAAAUGAAGUGUCUGUGGCCUACUGAGAAGCGAUUGGUCAGUUUGUGGCUCCUGGUGGGCGUGCCAUGCCUUGAAAUUGACAACGAAUUUGUGUAUUUAAGCAGCCAGCCCUACAGAGGUAGGAGAUAGAAAGAAGAGGAAGAAGAGCAGCAGGAAAAAGCAGAAGGGGGGCAAGAAAUUUUCAUAAAAGAUUUGUAACAUAGGUCAAGAGCUAUAACAUCAAAGACAAUGAGAGGCCCAGAAGGUGCCCAGUGGCAGAGUCGGUGGUGAGAGAUGGCAGGGCGGGGAGGAAGCCUGCAAGGCUAAGAGCUGAGAGAGCUUCCCUGUACCAAAGCAGGGAGAAUUUGCCUACGUGCUUCCUAAUCCUCAUCCUGAGUGGUAGCCUGUUGAUCCUGAUCCUGCAUUGUACCCUGUUCCUUAACCCAUUGCAGUUGAGUUGAUUCCAACUCACAGCCACCCUAUAGGACAGAGUAGAACUGCCCACAGGGCUUCCAAGGUGGAUCCAAACUGCGAACUUUUUGGUUAGCAGCUGAUCUCUUAGCCACUAUGCCACCAGGGCUCCCCUGUUCCUUAAUAAGCUACUUAAGUGGAAGUAUGGUCUCUGAGUUCUAUGUGGCCAUUCCAAUGGAUAUUGAACCCAGAAGAGAAGCAAAGAGUGCUGUGGAAAGGAAAGCUGGUGUCAGAAUUGUUAAAAAGGUUUGAGGGUGGAGGUAUGUCUGAUCUCCACCUGAUGGGAAUUAGCUUUGUGCCGAUCCUGGUCAUUAUCUCCUCUGACGUUAAACAGGUUAGGACAACGUUAUUAUUACUAUUAUUUCCUAGAAUUUUACAAGCCCCACAGGAUUUCCAAGGCUAUAGUCUUUAUGGAAACAGACUGCCACUUCUCCUGUGGAGCAGCUGAUGUUUUGGUUAGAAACUGAGGGCUUAACCACUGUACCACCAGGGGUCCUUUAACCAUUUAUAUAUAUAUAUAUUUUUGAACUUUAAGUUUUUGUUUUGUUUUUUAGUUGUACUUGAGGUGAAAGUUUACAGCUUAGUUAAUUUCUCAUACAAAAAUUUAUACACAUAUUGUUAUGCGACAUUAGUUCCAAUCCCUAUAACGUGACAACACACUCCCCCUUUCCACCCUGGGUUUCUUAUGUCCAUUCAACCACUUCCUGUCCCUUCCUGCCUUCUCAUCUUGCCACCGGACAGGAGCCACCCAUUUGAUCUUGUGUAUCUGCUUAAACUAAAAAGCACACUCUUCACGAGUAUUGUUUUAUAGUCCAGUACAUUCUGGAAACUCUGGUGGCGCAGUGGUUAAGAGUUAUGGCUGCUAUGAGUCGGAAUUGACUCAAUGGCAACAGGUUUGGUUUUUUUUUCUUUUUGGUUAGUCCAGUCUAAUCUUUGUCUGAAGAGCGGGCAUCAAGAAUGGUUUUAGUUCUGGGUUAACAGAGCGUCCAGAGGCCAUAGCUUUGGGGGUUCCUCCAGUCUCAGUCAGACCAUUAAGUCUGGUCUUUUUAUGUGAACUUGAGUUCUGCUUCACACUUUUCUCCUGCUCCGUCAGGGAUUCUCUGUUGUGUUCUCUGUCAAGGCUGUCACUGAUGUCCUUUAACCAUUUUUAAAUGAGAUUUUUUUUUUUAAUUUUUAUUGUGCUUGAAGUGAAAGUUUACAAAUCAAGUCAGUCUCUCAUACAAAAUCUUAUAUACACUUUGCUAUGUACUCCUAGUUGCUCACUCCCUAAUGAGACAGCACACUCCUUCUCUCCACCCGGUGCUUCCAUGUCCAUUCAGCCAGCUCCUGUGCCCCUAUCCGUUCUCAUCUCCCCUCCAGACAGGAGCUGCCCACAUAGUCUCAUGUGUCUGCUUGAUCCAAGAAGCUCACUCCUCACCAGUAACAUUUUCUAUCUUAUAGUCCAGUCCAAUCCCUGUCUGAAGAGUUGGCUUUGGGAAUGGUUCCUGUCUUAGGCUAACAGAAAGUCUGGGGACCAUGACCUCUGGGGUCCUUCUAGUCUAAACGAGCAUUUUUAAGUAUACAUUUCAGUGACAUUAAUUAUAUUCACAAUGUGUGUAGCCAUCACCACUAUCGAUUCCCCAAACUUUUUUAUCACUCACAACAGCAACUCAGUAUCCAUCAAACAAUAACUCUCCAUUCCUUUUUCCCCCAGCCCUUGGUAAUCACUAAUCUACUUUUUUAGGUAUUUCAUAUGUUUUGGAUUGAAUUGUGUCCCCCAAAAAUGUGUCAACUUGGCUAGGCCAUGAUUCCCACUGUUGUGUGAUUGUUCACCACUUUGUCAUCUGAUGUGAUUUUCCUGUGUUGUAGAUCCUACCUCAAUGAUGUUAAUGAAGUGAGAUUAGCAGCAGUUGGAUUAAUGAUGCAGGACUCAAUCUACUAGAUUAGGUUUUGUCUAAAGCCAAUCUCUUUUGAGAUGUAAAAGAGAGAAGUGAGCAGAAAGACACGGGGACCUCAUACCAUCAAGAAACAAGAGCCAGGAAAAUUGUGCAUCCUUUGGACCUGGGGUCCCUGUACUGAGAAGCUCCUUAAAUGGGGAAGAUGGGUGACAAGGACCUUUCCCCAGAGCCGUCAGAGAGGGAAAGCCUUCCCCUGGAGCUGGCACCCUGGAUUCGGACUUCUAGCCUCCUGGACUAUGAGAGAAUAAAUUUCUCUUUCUUGAAUUCCUCCAUUUGUGGUAUUUCUGUUACAGCAGCACUAGAUAACUAAGACAUCAUAUAAGUGGGAUCACACAAUAUUUGUCCUUUUGUGGCUGAUUUAUUUCGUUCAACAUAAUGCUUUCAAGGUUCAUCCACGUUGUAGCAUGAAUCGGAAUCUCUUUCUUUACGGCUGCAUAAUAUUCCAUUCCAACACUUGUCUGUCAGUUUGUUGUACUGUUGUGUGUUGCUGUGUUGUUGUGAUGCUGAAAGGUGGUAUAUGUCAAAUACCAGCAGGGUCACCCAUGGUAAACAGGUUUCAGACUAGAAAGAACCUGGUGAUCUACUUCUUAAAAAAUUGGCCAAUGAAAAUUUUACAAAUAGCUGCAGAACAUUAUCUGACUUAGUGCCAGAAGAUGAGCCCCUCAGGUUGGAAGGCACUCAAAAUACAACUGGGGAAGAGCUGCCUCCUCAAAGUGAGCUGACUAUAAUGACAUGGAUGGAAUAAAGCUUUGGGGACCUUCGUUUGCUGAUGUGCUACAGCUCAAAAUGAGAAGAAACAGCUGAAAACAUCUAUUAAUAAUCAGAACAUGGAAUGUAUGAAGUUUGAGUCUAGGAAAAUUGGAAGUUGUCAAAAAUGAAAUGGAACACUUGAAGGUAGAUAUCCUAGGCAUCAGUGAGCUGAAACGGACUAGUGUCAGCUAUUUUGAAUGAUCAUGUGGUCUAUUAUGCCUGGAGAGACAAAUUGAAAAGGAAUGGCAUCACAUUCAUUAUCAAAAAGAACAUUUCAAGAUCUAUCCUGAAGGAAAACGCUGUCAGUGAUAGGAAAAUACCCAUAUGCCUACAAGGAAGACACAUUUUGAUAUUUUUGUCUAAUAAGGUUUCUAUGAUUUUGUAGCAAUACUUUUUUUAAAAUAAUUUUUAUUGUGCUUUAAACGAAAGUUUACAAAUCAAGACAGUCUCUCACAUAUAAACUUAUAUACAUCUUAUUACAUACUCCCACUUACUCUACCCCUAAUGAGUCAGCCCGCUCCCUCCUUCUAGUCUCUCCUUUCGUGACACCGUUUUGCCAGUUUCUAACCCCCUCUACCCUCCCAUCUCCCCUCCAGACGGGAGAUGCCAACAUAGUCUGAAGUGUCCACCUGAUGCAAGGAGCUCCCUCCUCAUCAGCAUCUCUCUCCAACCCAUUGUCCAGUCCCUUCCAUGUCUGAAGAGUUGGCUUGGGGAAUGGUUCCUGUCCUGGGCCAACAAAAGGUUUGGGGACCAUGACCGCCGGGAUUCUUCUAGUCUUAGUCAGACCAUUAAGUCUGGUCUUUUUAUGAGAAUUUGGGGUCCGCAUCCCACUGUUCUCCUGUUGUAGCAAUACUUUUUGACUUACUCUUGUAUAUACAUUUAAAAAAAGAACAAUUGCUGCCAAGUCAAGUCCGACUCAUGGCAACCCCAUACUUGUCAGAGUAGAACUGUGUUCCACAGGGUUUUCAGAAGUAGAUCAUCAGGCCUUCCUUCUGAGACACCUCUGGGUUGACUCAAACCUCCAAUCUUUCAGUUAGCAGCUUAGCGUAUUAACCAUUUGCAUCACUCAGGGACUCCCAUGAGAAUCUAGGCCAGAGAAACCAGACCUACUGACUGUCAAGGAAGGGACCCAGAGGUUUGGACUGUCCGGGAAAUCACCUGGGUUGGGGUCCACAAGGGGCAGCAGCUCCAUCUCUGAAAACGUACUUUCUUCCUGAGUUUCCCUGGGUAGCAUUCAGUAGACGAGGUGGGUGGAUGGGGAUGGCAGCCCACUAGAAAGAACAGUGUUUGCAUAUUUUGGGUGGCAAAUGAUGUCCCCUGGAGCAUUAUUUAAAUGUUAAAUCAGAUGCACUCAUUGCCAAAGUGUUACUAGGACCCAGCCUGAGAACAGAAAGGGCCCACAGGACCAAAGGGCAGAGAAAACACACAUCCUAGGCAUCUGCCGGGGUAUACUUCCACAACCUGUCUCCAAUACACCAACGAUCAUGAAGAUGUCCUAAGACCGGGCAGUGUUUUGUUCUGUUAGACAAUAUGGUUGCCGUGAGUCAGAGCAGACUCGACAACAACUAACAACAACAAAAACAACAACGACCCUAGGAGGUAGACUCGAUUGUAACCGGUUCAUUACCCAUGAGGACUCGAAGGCACAGAGAGUAAGCGACAAGGCUCUCAAUGGAGCCAGUUAUAAGCUGGAUUUGAACCCAAGUCCUUCCUCGGUGCUCUUAAUCAUUAUACCCUGCUGCCUCACAAUAGAGAUGAGUUACUGUUAGUAGUAAUAAUAACUAAUGUUUAAUGAGAACACUGCCUUCCCUAUUUCACUUAAUCCUCCCAAUAAUGAUGUGGGAUCAUGAUUCCAGUUUUGCAGAGGGGAGACGUGACCUGCCCAAAGCCACAGAACUAGUGGGAGGCCGAGCCGGGGGCCCAGCAUCCCUAGGGCCUCAGCUUGGUACCACAUCCUGUACUGCUGACCUUAAUGGUCAUCGCCAGGUGUCCCGCAGGGAUUUAAUGCUCCCAUGGUUUUUUUGUGACAUGCAGACAUUUGUGAUAAGAUUUAAAUGCUGUAAUUCCCCCGAGAACCCCAUCUGGGCUCUGAUUCGCCUGCUGCCUCUCUCUUGGGUGAGGUGUCUAGUUUCCUGCCUUUCCUGCCCCUGUGGUCAGGGGCUAGGAGGGCAGCCAUGAGACAGGCUGAGGGACAGGGCCCACUCCAGGAUCAACCUGGGCAUCUUCAUAGGACAUCAGGACCCCUAUGGCCCCACUUGCAGGUAAGUGGGGAAACACAGGCAGAAUGAGGGAACGGGACUCACCAGGCCUGGACCAUUCCUCAGCAUCCUGCUGAACUCUCCAGCCCUGGAAGGAAGUCAGCCUCACGCACCCUGGCUGACCACUUCCUGGCCUGCCUUUUGCUAUAGCCCUUGAGACUGGUUAAGGAUUGGUUGCCAUAGAGAUGGCAGGGGGUGGGGGUAGGGGCAGUUCCACUGCUGGCAGGUAAGGGUGGGGGAUGGGGGAGGACACCAAUAUGCUAAACACCCAGGAACAGUUGGUCAAGACCACAGCAGGGAGGCCAGGGCAGGACACAGGGCCUCAAGCUCCAGGGAAGGCCAUAGGGCUGCUCGAGCUUCUGUCAGGCGCCCCCUCAGCAGAGCAGGGGAGCCUCGGGAGUGGGGAGAGUGUGCUACUUCAGGGCCAGCGGCGGAGGUCUCGCAGUGCAGGACAGACGGCAAAGAAGGACCGGGCACCCUUGAGCAGGAAGAAGAAAGGACAUGGCUUCGCAGAGGCUGAGGAUCUCUUCCCCCCUCCUCCUCGGAAGCCCUCCUUCCCCUUCCAGUGGGCCUGGGAGAACUUCACCUUGGAUGGCCGGGUACUGCUUCAGCCUAGCUUCCCCUUGGCCUCUGGCCACCAAGACCAGAGGGCCCGGGGCCUGCCCUUGCCUCCAGCGGUCUCCCAGUCGCAGCUCCAGCCCAAAACCAGGCGCAAGUCCACCACCAACCUCCCAGGGCCCCAAGGCUUCUGCUGGAAGACAGAGGCGCAAAACGUGGAGAGGAGACGGCUGCCAGAGGCCUGGGGUGGGAAAGGGGAGCACCAGGGGCCGGAGCAGUCCAGCGAGUGUGGCCCCUGGCUGCCCGGGGAGAGGUGGGGAACCAAAUCUGAGGAGGCUGCUGGGCCUGAAAGCCCGGGCACUGAGGAGGCCAAGCAGGGUCUGAGCCCUGGGGAACUACCGAAGCUCCCCAGGAGGGAGCCAGUCUGGGAGCAGGAGGAUGCAGGGGAGGCCAAGGAAGGGGAGCACAGGGCUCUCCACAGAAGGAGGGGCCAGUCUCGAAGUAAGGGGCGGAAUUCUGGCGAGGAGAACUUGCACAAGGGUGAACCACAGGGCCGCAGCCAGGGGAGCAGCUCCAGCGCCAGCGACCUCCGAGGGGCACAGAGGAGAAAGCCAAGGGCCGAGGAGCUGGAGGGGCCGUGGGACCUGGAGAAGCUGCAGAGGCAGUUACAGCAGGACUUGGAGGAACAGGGCCUCUGUGGUCCCCAAAAGCAGCCUUGGAAGGUUUUGCGGGCUGCUGUCCAGGCCUCUGGCCGGAGUGGCAAAACUCACACCUUGGGAGAUGUCGAGACUUCCCUGUCCUCCAACUUCCCUAACCGCACCUUCCACAAACGACAGGAAGCCACCAGAAGCCUGCUGCAGUCCUGGGAGCGGCAGCAGCAGGAGGAGCAGCAGAGGGCUGAGCUGCGCCGGGCCCGGGAGCAACGGGUACAGCAGCAGGUGGCGCGCUGCCUGGCAGCCUACGCACCCAGAGGGAGCCGCGGGCCAACAGCCACCCAGCGCAAGCUGGAGGAGCUGAGGUGCCAGGAGCGACAGCGCUUUGCUGAGUACCAGGCAGAGCUGCGGGGCAUCCAGCAUAGGGUGCAGGCCCGGCCCUACCUGUUCCAGCAGGCCAUGCAGCCCCGGUGCAGGACAGGAACCCAUCUUCCUUUUCUUCAGGCCAAUGCCCGGCUCACUGUGACCCGGCGCUUCUCCCAGGUGCUGUCAGCACUGGGUCUGGAUGAGGAACAGCUGCUGGCAGAGGUGGGAAAAGAAGACACAGAGGGCACCUCCAGGAAAUCCAGGAGUCAUAGGUCAAUAGGGGUGAGAAUGGAGCAAACUUCUCAGAGCCUCCCAAGGACAGAACCCAGACUCACCAGAGCCAUCCUGAUAGACCAUCCACUCCCAGCCCAGACCCAGCAUCUAGUCCUUGAGAUAAAAAUUAAAGGAUUUAUGGAAAAUGCAAUGUGGGAUUUUGGGGGGAGGGCAGCUGGGGGCUGGAAAUAGGAGGUGGCAAGUGGGUAGGCAGCAAGCUUAGCCUCUCCCCAUCUGGUUGUCUCUGCUUUUGGGGGUGGGGCAGCUUGAAGGGGAACAGUUCGGACUCCCCCACCCUCAGUCUCUAAUGCAUACUAACACAUGCUGCAUCCUAGGAAUUCAAGGGUGAACGGGACGGACAAGGCCCUGGCCUUUGAGGACUCCCAGCCCAGUGGUGGUCAUCACCGUGAAAGGGAAGCAUACAACACACCAUGACCUGUAUGAGAUGCGCCACAAGGGGAGCCACCAGAACCCAGAAGCCAGCAAGGCAACUGUUUGGAUGGAAAGUGUCAGAAGGGAUUGUGUGUACUAGGCCUAAAUGUCCCAGCCCCUCUUCUCAAGUUAAAAAAAAAUAUAUAUAUGCUUAUACACACAACACACAGAUAUGUCAAAUUUUGCGCUCAAUUUCAGGGACUUUAGACACAGGCUCAUUUGGAGCGCCUUAGCCGUUCACAGACUCCACUGAAAAAAUCCAACUCAGGGGACGCCAGGAGGCUGCGUUUGGGGUCAAUGCCGACUGUGGGAGCUGGGAGGUUGGGCUGUGGAGCUGGGGGCUCUGGAGGAGGACACGCAGCAUCGCCCGACACCUGAGGGAGCACACUAGGAGGACCUCUAUCAAGUGGCAAUGAGCGCCCCGUGGGGUGUGCAAGUGAAGGGGGCCAAGGAAAGGUUUCCAGUUCUAGGGAUGUUGGAUUAGAACGCCUCUAAAUCCCCGCAGCUCCGGGAGUCUACGGUUCCGGAUCUCCAAACCAGGUCCGGGAACCUGGAGGGGCGCAUGCGCACUCGGGCCACCGGCGCCAA